UCAUGAUAUCGUAGACGAGAGACUCAAGCAGGGAUCGGGUAAAUGAGAGAAAGUGACGACUUCCCGUUCGCCCGCCCAGCGCGGUGGUCCUCCGACGUAAUGUUCGUAAUCGCAAAUGCGCAGUGCCAACGAUGGUGAUGAGACGAGGAGAAUGAAAAGGAUCGAGUUGAGGGCGAUAGUCCCUUUUACCGGACCAGUCGGAGCGACUCUCAUCAUUUAUCGUGAUUACAUUUUUAUGAAAGGAUGCUUGAACGGGCAUGGCGCCUAUCUCGUCCAAGAAAGACUCUGGGGGCACGCCCAACGCCAUGCAUCACGAACACCUACGCAUUGGUGCACCUGAAGGUAUCGCUGUCCUACAAGGAUCAGCAGCAGAACCGGCUUGGUCGCCUCAACCAAAGUAUACACGCAUGGGCUGAGAUGUCUCGGGGAAACACACGGGAAGAUGAGGAGCAGGAUCAAGCAGGAGAGGGACUGCGAUCAUCAAUCAACGAGUGCAUUGACAGAGAGACAUUAAUUGGGGGAUCGAAGACUUGCUUUUCCGCUUAUUCCCGGGUGGGCUGCUCUCGGCGUGCCCCGUCCGCUCCUUCCAGGCCCACUAAAUCGCUCCAUCCGGUGUAUGCUCCACGACUCGACGGUACUCUCGAUGUCACUAACAAUUAUAUACCACUCUACUUACGUCGGUCCGCGCUCUGCCCUUCAUUUCCAUCCCCGUCUCCCAUUGUAUGCCAAUCUCGAGGAAACACUCUCACAUACUACUCUCACACUCAAUCCUCGCCUGUCAACUGUAUAACAUCGACGACUGUGCGACAUCCCGUCAAUUUCACCGAACCAUACCGAUCCACGAUCUAUAUACGGGGACCCUGCGGCUGCAACACACUGCCAGAAAUUCCGCCCAACCGUUUCGACGACGUCACUCCCGCGCCGCGUGAGACUCUUCGAUCAAUCCACAUAAUUCAACACCACCACCACAACUGAGAUCACAUUCACAAUGCCGUUCCGGGAAAAGGCCAAAUCUCUCUUCCGCACCCGAUCAAAAACCGAAUCCAAUUCCUUAUCGAAAACAUCCAGCAGCGAAAGUCAAAGCACAAUAUCGACGACGACCACCCGAUGGCCAAGCAACGUCUACAAACCAGGCGAGCCUAUGCCUCGCCCGAAAUACCGCGCC